ACCGCUGAAGCCACUAUGGUACGCAGAAGAUUACAGACUCUCCAACUACACAGUUUGAAUGUGCGAAUGAUUUUGUUGGUACGCGAUCCACGUGGCACAAUGCAAUCGCGCAAACAUCGCGAUUGGUGUGCCGGCAACAGGGAUUGUGAGAAUCCGCUUUACGUGUGCGAAGAUCUGGUGGCCGAUUAUCAUGCAGCUGUGGAACUACUAAAAGAACAUCCAUCACGUUUCAGAACUUUGCGUUAUGAGGACCUCUCGCUGAAUACUUACGAUAUGACUCAAGAGGUGCUACAAUUCUAUGGACUGCCAUUCGAUCCUCUAGUUGAAGAAUUCCUCGAUACGCAUACAAAAGUAAAUAUCGGCGGUGUUAGCUCGACAUAUCGCGACUCCAAGUCGGCACCAUUUCAUUGGAAGCAAGAUCUGCGGGUGGAGGAGAUCCAGUAUAUACAAAACAGCUGCGAGGAGGCCAUGCAUUUAUGGGGUUACCGCAAGAUUGAAAAUUUCACGGACUUCCAGCCAAUAACAUUCGAUCCACUUGAACUACCACCACCGUUAUCGUGAAGUGCUCUAAAUAUCGUUGAAUAUUUCAAUUAAGUUACAUUUUUUAAAUCUUAAAUCUUGUGUCUCCUAAUCUACAUAUAUUUUUAUCUAUCUCGCUUAUAUUAUUAUUAUUAUUUUUUCAUACCAUUUUGUUGUGAUAUAUCGAAGAAGUUAAACAUAAAAAAAUGUUACUAAGUUGACGCGCAAGAAAGCGUCGACGAGAAUAAGAAUGUAUUUAAUAUUUGUAAUUAUGAAUGCGUAUUUAGUAUUAAGAAAAUUUAGAGUUUUAAGAAAAGUUGUUUAGCGCAAAAACAAUUCAAUAUUGGGGCCGUGAGAAGUGAACGAAACAAGAGCAUUUAUAAGGGUUAGCUAGCAGCAAGCAGAAUGUGUAAUCUCGAAUGGAAAUCCGAGUCCGCCCAGGCCUAUACCAGUUGCACACACUUACAUACUAAAUAUAUACGUAUCAGCAGUGCGGCACUGUAGUAGUGAAAUUCUUUAAUAAACUGUAGUUAUCAUAAGUAAAUAUUAUGUUCGCAUACUUAAAACGGAAACAAAAAAUUAAGAACGAAAACAACUCGAAUUAAUAAUAUAUGUACUACAUACAUACACACAUACUUAUGUACUAUUACCACGCGUAGAUAUUUUUACACCGCAUAGUUUUAGGCGUUACGAAUUUUUUGCAAUCAGUUAAAAUCACUAAGUAUACUAAUUAGGUAUGUAAUUAAUUAGUUAAAUAAUUUUUAAAUUGACGCAUUCAUUACGAUGACAAGCUAAUUUCAAAAUAAUUUCGAUAAAUAAAAUUUUAUACUAAGGAGAAUAAAAUGUAAAGAAAAACAAAAAUGUUUCUAAAUGCACACAAUUAAAUGCAUAAAAAACCAAAAAUGAGUUUGACAUUAUACCUAAAUACACGUACAUGCAUACAGGGUGCGCCAUGUUUUGGUAUGAAAACAUUGAAAAAAAAACUGAUUUGUAUAAGUGAAGUAUUUAUUAUUUUUAUUCGGUUUGAUUAUUUAGAAUUUAUUAUAACUAUUAUUUGAAUAUAUAAUAAUAUCAAUCAAGUGGCCACCUUUAUUAGCAAUCACAAACUGCGAUCUUUUUUCUGCGUUUGUUAUCACCUUGUGAAGCAUUUCAGGUUUUAUAGCGUCGAUUUCGGUUGUUUCGGUGUACGAGUAAAAAAGCGAUCCGUGGUUGAAAUUGUACUGAAUUGGCGUAUCGAAAACAUGUAUGUUGAAGUCGAUCGGCUGGUAAAUGACAAAGUUAUUCAGCGUAUACGUACCGACAUAAAAGAUGGCGCACCCUGUAUAUAUUUUAAAUUGUAAGUAGAUAAAAGAAUAGCUUUCCAAAAGCGUUAAAAUUAAUACUUUUGCUGAACAUUUCAAAAUUCAUGAAAACAAAGUCCUAAAAAGGAAAUCACUAAUUAUUAAGAAUAAAAAAUAAGCAUACAUACAUACAUGCAGUAUUGGUCAAAAGUAUAGCACCGUCCUAGCGCGUUUUUCUGAUUGCAGAUUUUCUCAAAACAAUGAUAUCAAAAUUAUUAUUUUUUAUUUUUUAUUUUUGUUUAUAUAUUCACUUUUAAUAAAACAGCUAGUUGUAACCAACUAAAGCAGGCUGUUGUAGCCGAAUGGGUUGGUGCGUGACUACCAUUCGGAGCAUGAAACACCGUGCCGAUACUGUAAAUACUAAGUUGACCUGGCUGGCAGAAAUCCAUCACAUAGACCUAUUGAUCCUUAGUGGUACCAAAUGGAGCUUGACCCUUACGUUUCCUUAUAGUAGGCUUCUUGUAAUAAGCCUG